ACAGCUUGAAAUUUAGUACGUUAAGCUCUAUGUAUUGUACACUCAGAAACUAAAGUCCUAACUCCUAAUAGACCAUUACCAUAUUUCCAUCUUCCUCUCUGAAGCUCAACUGCGAAGCCAUGGAAACUCUGCUGCCUCUUUCCACAACUCUUCGUAUCAACACACUCCAUCCAAUGGUUUCUCCUUCAUUUCUCCAGAGAAGUGGCUCUGCAAAUAAAUUUUUGCCUCUAAAGAGACUUUUGCAAGGGAAACAAGAAGGCAAUGUUGAUCGUCAUGAUGCUUACAUGGAUUGUCCAUUCAGUUCAAACACAUGCACUAAAAGUUUACUUCAUGUUACUGAGGAGCUUUUGCUUGAAAUGCCAUACAAAGGUUUUUUGCCUGAUGUCUCCACUCUGUCUACUUUGAUGCUGUGCUAUGCCAACAAAGGUUUGUUCUCUCAAGCACAGUGUAUUUGGGAUGAAAUGUUUAACAGUUCUUUUCUACCCAGUGUUCCUAUAAUUUCAGAGCUAAUUGAUGUCUAUGCAACCAGUGGACAUUUUGAUUUGGUGAGCAGAAUUCUGCAUCAAGUACGCUUGAGAAACCAUAUGAUGUUACCUGCAAUAUAUGCGCAGACUAUUUCUUGUUUUGGUAAGAAAGGAGAACUUGAGUUGAUGGAAAUUAUGCUAACAGAGAUGAUUGCUAUGGGAUUCUCGGUAGAUUCUGUCACACAAAAUGCUUUUGUCAUUUAUUCCAGCAAUUUUGGUUCAGUGGCUCAGAUGGAAGUUGCAUAUGCCCGUCUUAAGAGUUCAAGGAUUCUCAUAGAGGAAGAAGGAAUCAGGGCAGUUUCAUCUGCUUAUAUCAGGGAAAGGAAAUUCUAUAGUCUAGGGAAGUUUCUAGAGGAUGUUGGUCUUGGCAGGAGAAAUGUAGGAAACCUUCUGUGGAACCUUCUCCUGUUAUCCUUUGCCGCCAACUUCAAAAUGAAAAGCUUGCAGAGGACCUUUGUGAGAAUGGUGGAAGGUGGAUUCCAUCCUGAUCUGACUACUUUUAACAUUCGAGCUCUGGCUUUUGCAAAGAUGUCAUUGUUUUGGGACUUGCAUCUGAGCAUUGAACAUAUGCAGCAUGAAGGAGUUGUACCCGAUCUUGUGACUUAUGGUUGUAUAGUUGAUGCAUACUUGGAGAGAAGGCUGGGAAAGAAUUUGGAAUUUGCUUUGAGCAGAUUGGACACAGAUACUCCUGCUACGAUAUUGACAGAUGGAAUUGUUUUUGAUGCGAUGGGAAAAGGGGAUUUUCACUUGAGCGCGGAGGCCUUUUUGGAGUUCAAAGAUAAAAGGGAUUGGACCUAUAAGCAACUUAUUAAAAUAUAUCAAAAGAAAAAAUUCCGGAGUAACCAAGUGUUUUGGAAUUACUGAUGAAAUGUUCAAUCAAUAUGAUUUCAAUGCAACAAGCAGCUUAUGCCAAAAGGACAGCCUCUCACUUGAAUAGUGAGACAAAAAAACCUGGUGGGACUCUUUGGGUGGACAAAGAGCAUCAGCUACAGGUGAACAGAAUGUUGGGAGCAGAUGCAGUUUACUCCAAGAGUUGUUGUAUAUAGGAUGUCAGCACAGAAGUUGGGAUGUGGAAAAGGACAAGUUUGGUGAGCAUUAGUUCAUAGCUACUUACCAAAGUUUGAAUGCAUGAAGGAGACAAGUAGUAGGUGCCAUGUCAUUUGGUUUAGGAACAGAAAGAUACUGAUAAUGCGGCUGAAGAUGACUGUCGAAAGCUGUAAUCACCUCAUCCAAUCACCAAGCAGAAUAUGAAAAUCAGGCAACCAAUCAUUAAGAUCACCUUUUCAAUUUAGCUAUCCCAGCCAACCAAUGAUUAAAAUCACCAACAUGGCUGCCUCAGCUUCCUUUAUCUGACAUUGCAUGGCCAAUUUCUUAAGCAUUGUUGGACUAUUCUUUGGCUUUGCAAAUUUGUAUCCUUUUUUCUUCAGAUAUUGUUAGAGUACAAAAUCUUAAUGAGUUGCUGGAGUUUGUUGGAUAAUUUCUUAAGAUGCUAAUAACUUACUGCACAGUUGCUAUAAAUUUAGUUUAUGUCUUAUGACUUCAGUUAUAGCGUGGUAGGCUAUGCUUGCAGUCUCAAGGGGAUCUUUGCACCAUGCUGUGGUAUGGCCGACUAGCAACCAUGAAAAAAUCGAUGAAAUUUAUGAAAGAGGAAAAAGAGAAACAAGGAGGAGAAGUGUGCAAAUGAUUGUUGUUCCUUCAUCAAAUAGUCUUUUUCACUCGUUCCUUUCUCAGUCCUUCCCCCUCAAAUUCUGGAUAGAAUCUUGAGAUUACUAGAUCCACUUUCUCUGGUUUCCAGGUGCUGCUAUAACUCAUUGUUGAGUUUCUGUUGGAACUUCCAGAAAGAGUUUAGUUAAUGGAAAACCAGUAGAUUCCAGAAAAGAUUGUCUUUACAUUACUGGAGCAUGUUUGCUUCUUUGCAUGAUUGGAUAGUUCAGCAUAAUUGGAUAGUUAUAUGUCAACUUGGCUUUAAGUUUAGCUGAGAAUGUUAGGAACUCUUAGAAGUUUAGUUGGAUAAUGUUGUUAUUUAUGCCAAGCUUGUUUGCAAGGAAGAACACAAACCAAGACAUAUAGGCUCUGUGACUUGCAGAAAUUACUCUAGGAGAUAUUUCAGAUCUUGAGAUGAUACGAGUAAGAUCUUGUAACAUUGAAUUUUUCCUCAUCUGCGUUCCAAUUGAUGUAUUAGAAUGACUAAACCAAAUGGAUGUA